AUGGCUGCCUCUGGGAUCACAACCCUGAGUGUGGCCAGUCAUGAGACUUUAGAAAAUCACCAAGAGUGUCUAAAGAAGCAAAGGGAUGCAGUGAAAUACAGACUGAAAAAACUGGCAGCACGGCAAUCAGAAAUCACAAAAAAGUCCUCUGUGAUAAGAGAGAACAUCAUACGGAAAUAUCAGGAGAUCCAGGCCGUCCUGGAUGAGGACUUGAGGAUUACCUUGUCCCAUCUGGAGAUGGAGGAGCGGGCUGCGGUCUCUGCCCUGGAUGGGCUGAUGGAAAGGAACUGUUCUCUAAUCCAGGAGAUAGAGCAGGACCUGGCCAGACUCACUGUGGCAAUGGACCAGCCCGAAACAGAGCCUGACACAAUGCUGAUGUUUAACUCACUAUGGUCUGCUUCCUCCAGAGUGAUUGAUCUGCUAAACAGGACAGACCCGAGCAGUGUGAGCCUGGACGAAGUUAAAGCUGACCAGAUCCUCAGCCUCACCAACAACAUGCUUCUGCUCAUCAGCUCACAGACCCCCUUAAUGAAGAAACUCACCAAGAGCUAUUCUAGUGAGGUGAGUCUGGAUCCAGAGACGGCCCACCCAAAGCUGAUCAUCUCCCCCCGGGGUGACAGUGCCACCUACACAGACACCUGGCAGCAACUCCCUGACCUCCCCGGACGCUUUGACACCACCCUCAAUGUCAUUAGCUCGCAAGGCUUCAGCUUUGGUCGCAAUUACUGGGAGAUUGAUGUAACUGGGAAGACUUACUGGGAGCUUGGUGUCACCUAUCCAAACAUUCCCCGCAAGGGCACCACUGAGGACUGCUGGCUGGGCCGGGGGUACGAGUCCUGGUGUGUGGAGUUCUUUGAUGGGGAGUAUACAGCCUGGCAUGGAGGGGUGCCCCAUCAGCUGCCUUUCACAAAACAUUUCUGUCGGAUUGGUAUUUUGUGUAGUUUCCCUGCAGGAUUGGUGACGUUCCUUGAGGCAGACAAUAUGACACCGCUGUUCUCUUUCUGUGCAGGAACCUUCUCAGACUGCCUCCACUUGGCUCUCUGUCCUGGUCAUGACCACAAUGGCAUCAAUGCUAAGCCUAUUGUAAUCUGUAAUGAUCCAUCCUCUACCAGUGAUCUCUGA